AUGUCGUCCAAAUACGCCUUCUCUAAAGGACUGAAGGAACUCCGCUUCCUUUUCUGCCAGACUUCGGAGCAGAGCGCUGCUACACGGUCUUUCUUGCAGCGCGCGUACCCGACUAUGAAGAAGCACAACCCCCAGACUCCCAUUCUGAUCCGGGAGGCAGCAGGCACUUUGCCUAGAGUAUAUGCUCGAUACGGAUUUGGAAAGGAGAAGCAGGAAUCGCUGUCUGGCCUUUCGGAUCAGCAAAUUGAAGAGAAAGUCUCUCAGCUGGUCAAGGAGUCUUCGUAG